AUAUUUUUGAAGUUAUUUAUUUGUGUAUGAGUCAGAAUAUAUAAACCAAAUUCGGAUGCACUCAUUUUGCAUCUGAGCAUUUCUUUCACUCAGAAAGGCUGGGACUUUGGCUCCAAUGGCUUUCUUCACAUUUCCUGUGGGUCUCCUGACCCUUCUGCUGGUUUCAUCCACCUGGGCAGAUGAGGGUCUGAAGAUAGAAAAUACCUUUGAAGAGGAUCUUUCUGUCUCAACCUUACUUGAGAAAGCAAACCGGAAUGUAGUACAUGACCCCAAUGAGCCAACCAUUGUGGAUGACAUUGCCAUUGUCUCUGAGAAGAAUGCAGACCCUUGCACAUAUCGUGGUUGCCUGUGGCCUAAGUACUCUGAUGGGAUAGUUUAUGUGCCCUAUGUCAUCGCCAACCAAUACUCAUCCCGUGAGUUAUCCAUUAUUGAGCGUGGGCUUGAGUCCUUUGCUUCCUCCACCUGCAUACGUUUCAUACGCCGCACCAAUCAGAGAGACUAUGUGCACAUCCAGUCUCAAAACGGGUGUUAUUCAUAUGUGGGGCGGCUUGGUAAUGGCCAGGUAGUGUCUCUAAGUCGUCAAGGCUGCAUCUACCAUGGUACAGUACAGCACGAGCUCCUGCAUGCUCUGGGUUUCAACCACGAGCAGACGCGCAGUGACCGUGACAACCACAUCCGCGUCCUCCUGCAAAACGUUGUCUCCGGUAUGGAACACAAUUUCAAUAGAAUUGACACCAACAACCUGGCGACUCCAUAUGAUUACAACUCUGUUAUGCAGUACCAUAGGUAUGCCUUCUCCAAGAACAACCAGCCAACUAUGGUGCCUAUCCCAAACAACAAUGUGGAAAUUGGGGCAGCCACACAAAUGAGUUACAAUGACAUCUUGAGGAUCAACAGGCUGUACCAGUGCUAAUGAAACAAGCUGUAUGAAGUCCAAACUGAGGAAUCCCCAUAAAUUGCUCCAAAGACGAACUUUCACUUUCUUUUACAGCAUAUGUUCAGUGCUGACAUCUUUCCUUUUAUAGAAAUGUGGGGGUACAAUAGAGAUCUGUGCCCAAUCCCAAUAAACCUAUAUAUCUGCAAAGAAA